UUGCAUCGCACUUUUUUAUAUCAACUCACGAAAAUAAUGUAAGCGCUCUUUCGUCCGUUCAUUCACGCGCUCGCACGAACUGUUGGCUGAUGUGUGUUAAAUUUUUUUACCUGUCGACAAAUUUCAAAGCAACAAAUGCAACUGCUAGGACUAUCAUUUGUAAAUUUGCGCGUUAGUAGUAACUAGUAAAGGCGUGUGCGGUGAUAUGAUAUAAUACACAGCGCGAAGCGGCUAUUGAAACAUAUAUCUCUAUACCAUAUUCAACCAGACGUCAACAAACCUUGCAUUUAAACCUGUAUGCGUGUGUAAGUGUAUUAGCUCCGAACUCCGAAAUCCAGAGUCAGAGUGGAGUAGCCUGUACGCGACUACGCGUAGCCGCGCAGGAUCAUCAGCAUCCAGCAAGUUUGGGCCACAGUCAUCCUCUCUAUGUGGACAGGUGUACGGGGCCAUUGGCGAUGGAAGUGAUGGUGGAUUUUGUCCACCUUUUUAUUUAUACUUGAACGUAUGUAUAAAACAAUCCAAUGUAACAGCAGCAGCAGCAAGUGUGCGUGUGUGAGUGCGCGCGCCCGUGAAAGAGAUCGAUAACGUUUGCUAGAGAGGGACACUCUCCUCCUGGCUGGCUGCUGUGGCAACACACAGGUUCACCUCACCUUCUCCUCUUCGUCUGUACCAGCGAAGAGGGCCCAGAGAGGAGAGCGGCUCCGUUUUCUCUCCCUCUCUCACUCUCGUUUUUUUGUUUUUUUUUUUUUUCAUUUUAGAUUAAAUUUUACCUCCAUAUUCUUUUGUACGAACGCGCGCGUGCCAUCUCAUAUACUUUUCGCUAACACUUACGUAGUAUCUUCUGUCAAAAGUUACAUGCGUGCGUACUUUUACCUGACUCUUGAGCGCGGACAUACUUAAAGUGCGUGCCAUCUAAUAAUAUAUUGUGCAGUGGGUAAAUUGUAAUCAUGGUGACAGAGCUUGUAUUGCCAAGGGGGACCUCGUUGACGAGGCUAACGGGCAACAGUGGCGAUUCGCACCGCACAGCUGAUGGUGGACUGACCGAGAUACGGAUGGUGGUGGGAGCUCAUCAUCAUUAGAUGCGGUCCAACGGGAGAAUCGGCGGUGCUGCUGCUGCAGCAGCUGUUUUGGCACAAGUUGGCUUGUACAUGUUGUUUUUCGGCCCCCUCCGCACUUGGCACAUACACAACGUCAGCAUCGAGUUUUAAUCAGAAUUCAGCAGCUGAGACGAUGAUGCAGCAGUGAAAGGAGUACAUAUAUGCCCUUCGAAAAAAAGGAUAGCUCGCAAUAACACUCGGAGGGAAAAAAAAAAAAAAACACUCCGAUUAGUGGAUAGUAAAAUGGGCGCAGGAAUGGGUAGAAGCGGCACGGGCGGGGGUAGCCUGUUGGAGUCCCUGCCGACGGGCACGCCCCUUCACGUGGCGAUGCUGGGCUUGGACAGCGCCGGGAAGACGACGGCCCUCUACAGGCUCAAGUUCGACCAGUACAUCAACACCGUGCCGACCAUCGGGUUCAACUGCGAGAGGAUCCGGGGAAGCAUCGGCAAGGCCAAAGGGGUGAAUUUCCUUGUGUGGGACGUUGGGGGCCAGGAAAAACUGCGGCCGCUGUGGAAGUCGUACACGAGGUGCACCGACGGCAUCAUAUUCGUCGUCGACUCGUGCGACACCGAGAGACUCGAGGAAGCCAAAAUGGAGCUCACGAGGACGGCGAGGAGCCCCGACAAUGCGGGCGUUCCCAUACUCAUACUCGCAAACAAACAAGAUCUGCCUGGGGCCAAAGAGGUGGACGAGCUCGAGAAGCAGCUGGGGGUGCUGGAGUUGUCGAUACCGGGAAGCGCGUGCAUCCGGGUGCAGCCGGCCUGCGCGAUAACGGGCGAGGGCCUGCACGAGGGCCUGGACAGCCUGUACCAAUUGAUCCUCAAGCGGCGCAAGCUCGCCAAGUUGAACCGCAAACGGGCCAGGUAGGCCAGGGCCUCCGAGGACUGCGCUUGCGUCUUUUGACAUUUCCACUGUUACUGCUCGAGGCCAGCCACCCCGGCACAUCGACGCGUCCUCUCCGACGACGACGACGAGGAGGACGAUUGAAGCACUGCUCGUUGCACAUGUGUGUCGCGUUGAAUGCGUUAUUCAUGCAUUUUUAUGGCGAUACGAUGCUUCGAUGCUGCGAGAUAAUCAGCGAGUCACACGAGUGUGCUGAUGGUGGCCAUCGGGGUUCUUCCCCUCGAUCCUGUACCUUCCAUUCGUUCGUUUGUUUGUUUAUUUUUUUUUCCCUCGAGUUACCCAACCAUUGAAUUCAUGUACCACCCCCAUCCCAUUUGCCCCUUUUGGCUGUUGUAAAUAUACAUGAUGUAGAGUUGUUUGUAAGGCGAGCGAGGUUACCGCUGCUUCGAUUGCAGAUCUGUGUCCGGGCACGCGAUUUUUCCGCGUCAAGUGUGUCGUUGAAAUAUACAUUUUUUUUUUUUUUUUUCAAACCUGAUGAUAGUGUGUCGUUGUUGAAAUGCCGUACCUUUGGUGUCGAGCCAUUCUAAAAUGGUUAAUAAGCCAGUUGUGUUUGGCUGUGGCGAAACAAGAAAGAAAAAAAUUGAGAAAACGAAAGGUGCUCCGCGAGUUGGCUCGUAUGGGUUAAAGACUCGGCAAAACUCGUUUGAUUUUUCUUCCGCGUUUGGAUUUUGGUGCGAGUCACGUGUCCGUGAUUGUACGAACGUGUGAAAUAAAUGAUUGUGUUUUUUUUUUUUUUUUUUCGCGCGAUUGUUUGGUAAUGUCAUGUCGCACUUGGCGUUGCGGAUUCGCUGUACGUCACGCAUUAUAAUAAAAAUAAUAAUAAUAGUUUUAUUAUGUAGGUAGAUAAGAAUUUUGUCAUUUGGUGAGAGCGUCGAAUGUAGCGCGUUGCAAGUAAAUGAACCUGAAUAUGUGAGUCACUAGAACGAGGAUAGUUACGACAAACAAAAAAUAGUGGAAAAAAAAAAAAUGUAUGAAUGAUUUUUACUUUCUAGUCUGCAAAGCGCUACACCGAAGGGAGAGAGGGGGACGCACAUAUUUCACCGUAAAAGCAUAGUGCACAGAUAGUUUUUUUAAAUUUUAUUCUCUUGUCUCUUGUUACCCUACUACUAAGCUGUACAUUUGCGGCAUCUCGUUGAUUGCGUUAUUGUCUGUAUAUUUGCAAACUCGUCUUAAAAAUGAAAAAAAAGCGUUUCCAAAAUCCUUUCUACAGCGCAACUACAGUGUAACAAGUAUGCGCUCUUCGAAUUGUCUUACAAACAAUUUUUUAAGAGUCAAAAAAAUUUCACAUACGCAAUGUACACAACGACAAUAAUAUCCAGUCAACAAGGCUUUGUACCUUUGAUUUUUUUUGUAAGAAGCCAUCUUUUCUAAACGAGAUUACUUUGAUACAUUAGCUUUUGUAGUAAUUGCUGAUGAAAAUUAUUUUUUUCUCUCUUUUUUAUUUUUUUCUACUGUUUGGGAACACAACUGUGAAAUACAGCAGAAACCACAAACUUGACGACUGAAGCUUGAUGAUUUGUAAAGUAGGGCAAGUGCACCAACGCUAGUCUGUCGUGGAAUUAUUUACUGUGUAGAGUUUAGUUUGCACCUCAUCGAAACUAAAACUAACUUGACAAUGUUGUCACGCAUGAAAUGAGACUGCGAGUUACACCAGAAUUGUUUCGAUAAAUUUUUUUUUUUUUUUCAUGAAUACAUAUUGCCACAAAGAGAUUAAAAUACUGUGACGGCGGAUGGUUUGAGAACAUAACGAUUCGCCGGUUGUUGUCGAGAGUGUGCAGUGCAUCUCUGAGGCUCGUGCAAGUCGUAAGUAGUAAAGAAAGCUCAAUUAAAUGUUGGUGCGUCGAAAGAUUAGCUGUUGAAUACCACCCAAGUACACGUGUUUUGAUAAAAAACGCAUGAAAGAUCAUUGCGGUGACCACGAAAAGAAGGAGUAGAGAAGUUAAAAAAAAAACAAAAAAAAAAAAAAAAACGAAAAAUCUGUAGGAGUUUUAUAUAUGUGCCUAAGUAUCGUAAUAGCUCUUCCGCUAUGUAGAUUUUCAAUGGAAACGAAAAGUGAGAAAGAUAAAUAUGACGACAAGGACAGAAGUGGCUCUACAUUUCUCCUUCAAACUUAUUCGCGUUUAAAAUAAAUGUAGCGUUGAAUCGUAUAAUAUUUAGAUGUAACGAGUACAUUGUAAUACAAGUCGUUGUUGUUUGUUUUUUGUAUUCUCGAAAAAAAAAAAAAAAAAAAACUCGAGAGUCCUUCGAAAUUCUAUCGCGCACAUUCUGUUCGCACUCCAUUCUUUAUACAUAAAAACAAAUAUAUAUAGAUAGAUAUAUACGUAAAUAUACAUAGAAUAUAUAUAUAUACACACAUUUAUCGUGUACUUGCCCUUGUUGUGUUACAAAAAGACGCCCUUGUUGCUGUAUUUCGACAUUUUAUUGUAAAGAGAUGAUGAAAGGAAAAAAAAAAAAAAAAAAAACUAUAAUU